GAAUACAAAUCCAUUUUUGGCAUUACACUCGUGGUUCAAAAAAAUCCCAUUAAUGAUUUAUAAUGUAAAGAUUUCUGCUCUAGAACAUCAAAACGGAGCAAACAUUUCUUCCGCAGCAUCCACCACUCUGUUUCCGCCAUGAGUAUUGUCCAACAAAAGCUUCACAUUGCAGUGUUCCCAUGGCUGGCUUACGGCCACAUCCUCCCCUUUCUCGAAGUCUCCAAAUUCUUAGUUCAAAUGGGUCAUCGAGUAUCAUACAUCUCCACCCCCAAAAACAUCAGCCGCCUCCCAAAAUUGCCUUCCGAAUUAUUUCUCAAUUUGAGUUUUGUACAACUUCCCAUGCCUCAGGUUGAGGGGCUACCGCCGGGAGUCGAGUCAACCGCCGAUAUUCCGAUUCACAAAGUGCCUUACCUCAAGAAGGCAUAUGACAAUCUCGAAACCCCUUUGGCUGACAUCCUCAAAACCUCACGGGUAGAUUGGAUUAUCCAUGAUUUCGCGCCACAUUGGUUACCGCGAAUUGCUGCUCCAAUGAGGAUCAAAUUGGCCUAUUUCAGCAUUUACAGCGCAUCCACCGCCGCUUUUGGGGGCCCUCCAGACAAGCUAAUUGCAGGCCACCGACAGCGCCCAGAGGACUUCACCGUCAUCCCGGAAUGGAUUGAUUAUCCCUCCAAUAUAGCUUUUAAGCUCCAUGAAAUAGUGAAUCUCGAGCAGGGUAUGGACCAAGACGUCAAAGAUUUUAUCAGGCAGGCAUCCGUCGUUCAAGGUUGCCAAGUUGUGACCCUAAGGAGUUGCCCUGAGUUUGAACCGGACCCGCUUCGUUUGCUCCCUAGGCUUUUGCAGAAACCAGUAGUUCCGAUUGGGUUGCUGCCGCCGUCAGUGGCUCUGAGUCCGUCGUUGUCGCACGAGUUGGCAUUGGGGAUAGAGAAAUCGGGACUGCCCUUCAUCUGGGUCAUCAAGAAUCGCCCGUUAGUAGAAAGGCAGAUGGAUCAAGACAUACUCCCACCAGGGUUUGAAGAACGGGUUUCCGAUCGGGGCUUUUUGUUGAGGGGGUGGGCACCUCAGAUGAGAAUCCUGGCUCACCCUUCCAUCGGAGGGUUCUUGACUCACUGUGGUUGGAGCUCGACGAUUGAAGCACUGGGACUUGGACUGCCAUUGAUUCUGUUUUCCGGAGCGAGUUCGGACCUCGGGUUGGUUGCGAGGUUAUUACAUGGGAAGAGAGUCGGGAUGGAAAUAGAGAGGAAUGAGGUGGACGGGUCGUUUACGAGUGAGGCGGUGGCGAAGGUGAUUAGGGUGGUGAUGGUGGAAGCGGAGGGUGAGGCCAUCAGGGCCAAUGCUUCUGCUAUGAGGGAGAUCUGCGGCAACGUUGAGUUGGGAAGAAAGUACCUGACCGAGUUCACUCGGUUCCUUGAAAACUACGUCCCUGAAGAUUCGUCCCGUUUACAAUGCUCCGGCGAAAUCUUGUGCUAAUGUUCUGAGAUUUUGUUGAGGAUGUCAUGUAACAUUGUAACUUGUCUGUUAAAAAAGUCACCUGUCACCUGUCGUGGGGUUCUAUUUUUAAUUGUUCGUUAUUUAUUUAUUUAUUUAUUUUUCUAAGAGUGAUGUUGUGGGGACGGACAGGUAAGCUCUCUCGAUCAUUUAGUUUCAAGGCUUUGUCUUUCAAUUUGAGAUUACAAUGGAUUGAUUUAUGUUUGGCUAAUCUAAGGAUUCUGUCACUCGUUUUGAUGUUUUUGUGCUAUGGAAAGUGAGAUCUGUGCGUACAUUGACGAUCUCUAUUGUUGAUUUUGCAAUUUUAGUUCGUUCUGGCUUUAGUUGGUUUUAGUGAUUGCUUUAUUUGGUUUCCUGAUCUGGUUUUUUGGUCUCUAGAUUUGUGUUUUAUGAUUCUACUAUUGGUUAGCUGAAUCUGCUUUAUUAUGUCUGGAUUUUGAUAGUAUGUCUGGAUUUUGAUAGUAGUGUUCUUUUGAACCAAGGUGCUGGGUUUGAUGGAACCCAGACAUGAGGUUCCUU